GGGUCCGUGUCCGUGUGAGGGGAGCCGGGCCGCCAUGGCCGCCAUGGCCGACACCAUCAUAAUCCGGGUCCAGUCCCCGGAAGGGAUGAAGCGGAUCACGGCUACCAAGAGGGAAACCGCCGCCACGUUUUUGAAAAAGGUGGCCAAGGAGUUUGGCUUCGGGAAUAACGGCUUCUCGGUCUACAUCAAUCGAAACAAGACCGGAGAGAUAACCGCCUCCCCCAACAAAUCCCUCAACCUGCUGAAAAUCAAACACGGCGACCUCCUGUUCCUGGUCCCGUCGGCGGGGCCGUCGGCGGCCAUGGACACGUCCGGCGGGCAGGGUCCCCCGGCCUGGAGCCUCUCCUCCGUGGUCGAAGACGAGAUCGACCAGUAUCUGAGCAAGCAGGACGGGAAGAUCUACAGGAGCCGCGACCCCCAGCUCUGCCGGCACGGUCCCCUGGGAAAAUGCGUCCACUGCGUUCCUCUAGAGCCUUUCGACGAGGAUUAUCUGAAUCACUUGGAGCCGCCCGUGAAGCACAUGUCUUUCCACGCCUACAUCCAGAAGCUGACCGGAGGAGCCGACAAAGGGAAGUUUGUGGCCCUGGAGAACAUCAGCUGCAAGAUCAAGUCGGGCUGCGAGGAGCACCUGCCCUGGCCCAACGGCAUCUGUACCAAGUGCCAGCCCAGCGCCAUCACCCUCAACAGGCAGAAAUACAGGCACGUGGACAACAUCAUGUUCGAGAACCACACCAUCGCCGACCGCUUCCUGGACUUCUGGAGGAAAACGGGCAGCCAGCACUUCGGCUACCUGUACGGCCGCUACACGGAGCACAAAGACAUCCCCCUGGGCAUCAGAGCCGAGGUGGCCCUCAUCUACGAGCCCCCCCAGAUCGGUACGCAGAACAGCCUAGAACUCCUGGAAGACCCCAAAGCCGAGGUGGUGGAUGAGAUGGCCGCCAAACUGGGCCUGAGAAAGGUUGGCUGGAUAUUUACCGACCUCGUCUCCGAAGACACGCGGAAGGGAACGGUCCGCUACAGCCGCAACAAGGACACGUACUUUCUGAGCGCCGAGGAGUGCAUCACCGCCGGAAACUUCCAGAACAAGCACCCCAACAUGUGUCGGCUCUCCCCGGACGGACACUUCGGAUCCAAGUUCGUCACGGCCGUGGCCACAGGCGGCCCGGAUAACCAGGUCCACUUCGAGGGCUACCAGGUGUCCAACCAGUGCAUGGCCCUGGUCCGCGACGAGUGCCUGCUGCCCUGCCGGGACGCCCCGGAGCUGGGCUACGCCAAGGAGUCCAGCAGCGAGCAGUACGUCCCCGACGUCUUCUACAAGGAUAUCGACAAGUUCGGCAACGAGAUCACCCAGCUGGCCCGUCCCCUGCCCGUGGAGUACCUGAUCAUAGAUAUCACGACGACCUUCCCCAAGGAUCCGGUUUACACGUUCUCCAUUUCUCAAAGCCCCUUCCCCAUCGAGAACCGCGACGUCCUCGGAGAGACGCAGGAUUUCCACAGCCUGGCCACUUACCUGGCCCAGAACCCCACUUCCGUUUUCCUGGACGUCAUCUCGGACUUCCACCUGCUGCUCUUCCUGGUCACCAACGAAGUCAUGCCCCUGCAGGACAGCAUGAGUUUGCUGCUGGAGGCCGUCCGCACCCGGAACGAGGAACUGGCCCAGACGUGGAAGAAGUCGGAGCAGUGGGCCACUAUCGAGCAGCUCUGUAGCACGGUCGGGGUCCAGCUUCCAGGCCUGCCGGAGUACGGGGUCAGCGGGGGUCCGGGGCCCGCCUCCGCCUCCUCGGCCGCCUCGGCCUCCUCCUCGGCCUCGGCCUCCUCCGCCUCGGCCUCCGCCUCGGCCAUGUGGGCCUGCCAGCACUGCACCUUCAUGAACCAGCCGGGCACAGACCACUGCGAGAUGUGCAGUCUUCCCAGAGCCUGACGUCCGACCCCCCCCGGCCCCCGGCCCGGCCCCCCGCGAUGAAGCCUCGGGCUGACCGCUGACGGCGGGGGGCGGGGGGCGGACCCCCGAGACCUCCGAGGUGGGCGCCCGCGACGCUUAGUUUCACCCCGAAACUGGACCUCUUCCCCUCCCCAGCCUCCACCCCGGUUGACAACAAUCUUCCUCGCUGGCGUGAAGGGGUGUGCAAGUAUUUUGAGUGCGGGCCAGACCCCAGAGAGCCUCCGGGCAGCCCCCCGGCCCCCUCCGCAGCGGCUGCUGCCCUUUGUGUCCCCCUCUCUCUCUCCGUCCGGCCGUCUGCCUCGCCUUCCCUGGUUAUUUUUUUCCCCCCCACUGUAGUUUGGUUUGGUUUUCAGUUCUAAUUUAUAUUCUGCCCUUUCCCGGCCCCUCUCAUCGCCUCCCGUCUCCAUCCCCCUCCCCGCCGGAAUUCCUCGGGAUUCUCCCCUCCGCCCUCCCGGUUUCCGUAGAGUCACCCCGGUCUCCGUCGGCGCAGAACCCUGUCCCCUUGACGACUGGCAUGGUGUCGGAUUGUUUUUCCCUUUCCUUCCCCCCCAUAUUUUGGGUACGGUUGUUUUUCGUGGAGAUACUCUUUCCUUUCUCACCCGCCCCCGCCCUCCACCCGCGCCGCUGGCAAAGCAGGGUGAGAUUCCAGGAUCCGCCUGGGUUGUAAGGUCCGAGCGGUGAGGAAUCCCUGCCUGGAGAAGUUUUCAUUUUUCCCUUUCCGCCUCAAGUUAAAAGAAGGCCCCUGUUGGGCCUGCCGCUCGGACGAAUUCCUCCCAUUCCCCCCCCUUUCCCGCCGUCCCGCUCGGCCCCACACCCUAUUUCUGGUCCGGACGGCCCGGCACCGCGGUAACGCGAGGAAGGGGUGCCCGGCUCCGGGCCUCGGGCGGAGCGGGCGGUCGAUGCCCGCCGUCACCCCGAAGCCGAACCCCGCCGCUACCCCACGGGCGGCUCCCGUCCCUCCAUCCCUCUCUGUCUCUCCCUCGGCUUCACCCCGGUCUGGCCCGAGCCCCUCCGUCCCCAGAGCCGCGAACCACCACCGGCCUCGUCCUUCAGCCGUGUGGACGCCCAACCCGGGGCCGCAUCCCCGUCCCCGAGGGAUUUUGGGGGAGGCCGGAGGGAGAUUCCCAGACGCCUCCGGGGCCACAUUUCCUUCUCUCCCCCACUGUUGGCCCUUCCGGGGGUGUCAUCGGGGGGGGGAAGAAGGGGGUCUCCGCGGGGGCCGGGUUAGGGUCAGCCCUCCGUUCAGAAAUGCACUUUGCCAUUAUCCAAAGACACCUAGGACUCGGGGAAAGGGGCGACCCGGCUAGGGCCCCACCCCCGGCCGCCGAGUCCCGCUCUCCCCGGGGAAGGGUCGGGGGGGGGAGCCCCAACUGUGCCUCUCCGCUCCCCAGUUCGAGCCCCGCGUCGUCGAUCGGGACCGCCCGCCUCGGAAUCGCCGCCCCGCAGGAAACCUAAUAAAGAAAGCACCUGAAAUGAG